AUGCAAUCGAUGACUGUUCCAAGAAACAAUUUGAAACAGCAACUCCAGUGGUACGAACAAAAUAGAAAAGAAAAAGAACGACAAAAGCGGCCAGAGGCGAAUUUUGAGACAUAUACUUGGGAACAAAAUACGAAACGUAGGUGUCACCAACAACAAACUACCGAGCGAGACAUGCUUUUACAAGAAAAAGAAAUCACGUCAUUAUCACCUUGUGAAAAUGUUACAAGAAAAGACCUAUAUUCCGUGUCAUCAUCAAAUAUAGAUUUGAAUUAUAAUGAAGCGAAAGAUAUGAUUGAUUCAAAGGACGAUAUGGAUAUACAGGACUGGUUGGUUGAUUUAGAACCACUUGAUCCAAUGGAAAUAAAGGCUGAAAUCGAAGAAUGGACGCGUAGCAGUAAAUUCACCGUCAAUAAUCCUAAUGUCGCGUCAAAUGAUGAGAUUGCAAUAUCCGAUCUAUCAGCAAAUAGUUUAAACACACCGUCAGUGGCGUUGAACACGAUCGAUAAUUUUGCAAUACUAUGUGAUGAUGUAGAUGCUUGUCUAAAUUUUAGUUUGCCCGAGGACAAUCAUGAUCUUCUUAACAUGUCGCUUAAUGAAUUACGGUCUUUGUUAGUUUCAGUUAAAAUUGUCAAAUGCAAAAUUUCUGAUGAACUAUAUGAAGUUGUUGAAGGGGAUAAGAAAUAUGAUAAUUCAAGAGUCUCAUUGUUAAAAGUGACUCGAGCAAAUUCAAAAAAACGUAUUGAAGCAAUACAGCAAAGAAUACAACAAAUAGAGCGUGAUACAACAGGGUCAUUUAUGUCAUCAUUACCCGGUUCUCGCUUAUCUGAAUUUGUAGGAAUUGAUGCUCCCACUCAGGAUCACGAUCAUUCAACUGUCAUUUCAACAUCAUCAUAUUUCGAUAAAGAUGAAAACACUUUAUCACCAACAGAUUCACCUGUUUAUCGUAUACUACAUGAAACUUUCAAAUUGGCCACGUUUCGCCAGAAUCAAUUGGAAGCUAUCAACGCUGCUCUGAAUGGUCAAGAUGUCUUUGUUUUAAUGCCAACUGGUGGUGGAAAAAGUCUUUGUUAUCAAUUGCCCGCAGUUCUAGAAAAUCAACGAUCUCACAAAGUAACAAUAGUUAUAUCUCCUUUACUAUCAUUGAUACAAGACCAAAUCUUGCGGUUAAAUCACCUCGGAAUUCCAGCCUUGGAUUUACAAGGGAGUCAAAAUCUAGAUCGUAGAAAUUUGGUAUUCUUUGAAAUGCAAAAAGCUGCACCUAGCCUCGUUUUACUUUAUUUAACACCUGAAAUGUUGGGAAAAAGCAUAAAAGCUAUUGAAUCAAUUCAGUUACUUCACAAACGUGGGCUUUUGGCUCGGUUCGUGAUCGAUGAAGCUCAUUGUGUAAGUCAUUGGGGUCAUGAUUUUCGUCCCGACUAUAAAGAUUUGGGCCAAUUAAAAAAGAAAUUUCCAGGUGUACCAAUGAUUGCACUCACUGCAACUGCAACUAGCAGAGUAAAAGAAGAUGUGAUACAUAACUUGCGCAUGGAAAAUUGUGCAAUUAUCACUCAGGGCUUUAAUCGGCCAAAUUUAAGAUACGAAGUUGUUAAGAAAAGUACAAAUUCUGAAAAACAAAUUAUCGAGUUCAUUCAUUCAUCAGGCCAUGCACGUCACUGUGGGAUAAUUUAUUGUACUUCAAAGGCUUCGUGCGAAGAAGUUGCGAAUAAGCUUAGGUUAGCUUGCUUUAAAGCAGCAUUUUAUCAUGCCGGAUUAGACUCUGUAGAUCGAACACGCAUUCAAGACGAUUGGCAUUCAAAUAAAUAUAAAAUAAUUGUAGCAACUACUGCAUUUGGGAUGGGAAUAGACAAACCAGAUGUACGUUUUGUUAUUCAUCAUUCACUUCCUCAGUCGCUUGAAGGUUAUUAUCAAGAAACUGGACGUGCUGGGAGAGAUGGAAAACCAUCAGACUGUGUGCUAUUAUAUUCGUAUUCAGAUAAACAUACAAUUGACAGAUUGAUUGUUCACGGUGAAGGAAAUUACGAACAAAAGAAACAGCAAAGAGCUAAUUUACGAGAAAUGUUAAAGUACUGCGAAAAUCAGAUUGAUUGUCGACGUCAACAAAUCAUGGCGUAUUUCGGGGAACAAUUUGAUAAAAGCCAGUGUAAAUUCACUUGUGACAACUGUAAAAAUGCACUUACACAACAAAGAUCAACGUAUGAUGCGCAGAAAGAUGCUAAGAACAUAGUGACAUUGGUGCAAUAUAACCGACAUAAAGACGUGACAUUAACUCAAUAUGUCAAUAUAAUGAGAGGAUCAAAUAGCAAAACCACUGAAAAUGUGGUAAAAACAAAACAGCUUAUACUGCCACCGAAUUUUAAAACUAGUACACUUUCGACCGUCGAUCUGGAUAGAUUAAUUAAAUUGUUGUUAUUGCAAGAUGUUCUUGCCGAAAGAUAUCAACCAAAUGAAUAUGGAUCCGUGUACUCAUAUAUUGAGCUUGGUCCCAAUGCGGAAGCUCUAUUAAAAGACAAAUUAAAAAUCGCACUUCCUCGUGUUGAGAAACAUAGUGCAGUUAAGAAGAAAAAUAUAACAAUAUCACCUUAA